UAGACAAUUGUCGCUAAAAUCAUUAGUUGAACAACAAAUUCGAAAUGUGAAUAGCAUUUAGAUGGUACUUCGCAUAGAAGCAUAAGCAAUAGGAAAUAUAAUUACAAAUAUGGAUUCUGAUAAAGAAAAUAAAGGGAUAUUGCUAGAAACUAAACAAAGAAGUGUCGAUGAAGCUAAAGAUGAAGAAGAAACUACACCUUUGAAAGCAAAUAUAGAUAAAACAGAUGUGAAAGAUGUAAAAAGUAAAAAUCUUUCUAUAUCAGAAAGAUUAAAAUUGAUAAAAGAAAAUAUGACAGUGGAACCUAUCAUGGCAGGUUACAUAAUGCCAAGUGUAUUAGCAUCUCUAGCUACGCAAAAUUUAAAUCUAGAAAAGGCAUGUCGUGUGAAUCUCAAUUUCAGUACCGAGGUUUGUGAUGCACUUAAAUUAAGACAAACGGAGAAUUAUACAGAAUACGAAGAACAAGUACAAACUUUUAUUGCUGGUAUUCAAGCAUGGAAGAAUGUGGUGCAAACAGCGAUACCUGUACUGAUAAUAUUAUUUGUUGGAGCUUGGAGCGACAAGACAGGGAGACGGAAAAUUUGUAUUCUGUUACCAAUUGUGGGAGAAUUAAUAACAUGCAUUGGAUUCAUGAUUAAUACUUAUUUUUUCUAUGAAUUGCCUGUGGAAGUGACUGCUUUAACGGAAUCUAUUUUUCCUGCGAUAACUGGUGGAUGGUUUACUAAUUUUAUAGGUGUUUUUAGUUACAUCGGUGAUAUUACUACAACAGAAGAUAGAACAUAUAGAGUUGGGAUUGUCAAUUUGUGUAUGUCUUUAGGAUAUCCUAUCGGAAGUUCUUUAAGCGGACUUUUGCUGACUUGGAUUGGAUACUAUGGUAUAUUUUCACUAUCAGCAUUAUUGUAUUUAUUCAGUUUGAUUUAUGGAUACUUUUACUUAGAAGAUACUAAAAGAAAAACAUGUGAAUCGAAAAAUAUAGGAUGUAUUGGCUACAUAUUGGAAUUUUUCGACACUAAAUUAGUAGUAGACACUUUUAAAGUCGCAUUCCGCAAAGGAUGUGGUAAUAGAAGAUUAAGAGUGUGUCUUCUUUUAAUCGUCGUGUGCGUGGUUUUUGGACCAUCACAAGGUGAAUUUAGUAUUUUAUAUCUGUUUACAAGAUAUAGAUUUAACUGGGAUGAAAUACAGUACAGCAUGUGGACUACGUAUUGUAUUGUUACGAAUCUAUUUGGAACAUUGUUUUCGAUUAGUUUGUUUAGUAACUAUUUGAAAUUGGACGACACGCUAUUGGGAAUAAUUUCGUGUACGAGUAAAAUUGUUGCAUCAUUUGCUUAUGCAUUUGCAAGAAAUGAUUUAGAAAUAUAUUUAGCCCCACUUCUAGAAAUACUUAAUGGGACAUCCUUUAUAGCAAUGAGAUCCAUUGCUUCUAAACUCGUCAGUGGACAGGAAUUUGGUAAAGUUAACUCUUUGUUUGGUCUGGCUGAAGCAAUGACUCCCAUUGUGUACGGACCUUUAUACUCUAGAACGUACAUGGCGACUCUAAACAUUUUGCCCGGAGCGGUCUUCCUUUUGGGAGCUUUAUUAACUUUACCAGCGAUAGGUAUAUUUGGUUGGCUUUAUUUCGAACAUCAAAAGGACAAACGAAAGGCAUCACAAAAUUUAUCAGACGUUGAAAAAAGUUAAACUGUAC